AUGCCCCUCACUUCCCUCACCCCUUCCCAUUUCGCUCCAGAUAUUUUCCAAGGUGCCGGUGGCGAACAGGGGGGAGAUAGCAUGUCGCAUCAGCACGAGCACUUUGAGGAUUCUCAGAUUCACGCGUUUUACACUUCCCUCACCCUCUCCCCCUCACUCCAGCUCUUUUCCAAGGUGCUGGUGGCGAACAGGGGGGAGAUAGCAUGUCGAGUCAUGAAGACAGCACGGGCAUUGGGCAUUCGCAGUGUGGCCAUCUACUCCGAGCCGGACGUGGAGAGCCUGCACGUCCGCAUGGCGGAUGAAGCCGUCUGUGUGGGCCCUGCAACGGCAGCACAGAGCUAUCUGAACACGGAUGCUGUGCUGGAAGCGAUUAGGAGCACAGGGGCUGAUGCGGUGCACCCUGGCUACGGGUUCUUGUCGGAGAACGCCCUGUUUGUGGAGCGGCUGGAUGAGGAGGGCGUGACGUUCGUGGGGCCCAACCUGAACGCCAUUGACGCCAUGGGGGACAAGAUUCACAGCAAGCGGCUGGCGAAAGAGGCGAAGGUGAACACCAUUCCAGGGAAGGAGGACGUUAUCAGGGACGAGGACCAUGCGGUUGAGAUCGCGCAAGAGGUUGGCUUCCCAGUCAUGCUCAAGGCGUCUGGCGGUGGAGGAGGCAAGGGCAUGCGUGUGGCAUGGAAUGAGAAGGAGGUGCGGGAGAAGUUCAGCGUGUGCAAGGCAGAGGUGGCUUCCAGCUUUGCUGACGACCGCAUCUUCGUGGAAAGGUUCAUAGACAAGCCAAGGCACAUCGAAGUGCAGGUCAUGGGGGAUAAGCAUGGCAAUGUGGUGUGGCUACCAGAGAGAGAAUGCUCCAUCCAGAGGCGAAACCAAAAGGUGAUAGAGGAGUCGCCCAGCACGUUCCUGGACGAGGCAACGAGGGAGGCCAUGGGCGAGCAGGCUGUAUUGCUGGCCAAGGCUGUCAACUACGACUCCGCUGGUACCGUUGAAUUCCUGGUGGACGCACAGAGGAACUUCUUCUUUCUGGAGAUGAACACGCGCCUGCAGGUGGAGCAUCCGGUGACGGAGUGCGUCACGGGGCUCGACCUCGUGCACCUCAUGCUCCACUCCGCUGCCGGCCAUGCGCUGCCCAUAGAUCAGGAGAGGGCCAGGAAGAUCCACGGGUGGGCGUUGGAGUCUCGGGUUUACUGCGAGCACCCCUUCAUGAACUUCCUCCCGUCCACAGGCAAGCUGCGCAGGUACCGCGAGCCCAAGGAGGUGCGGACGCCGACUGAGAUCGUGCGGCUGGACACAGGGGCGGUGGAGGGGCAAUACAUCUCCAUGUACUACGACCCGCUGUUAUCCAAGCUAAUCACGUGGGGACCAACGAGAAAGGACGCUCUCGAGUCCAUGAAGCACGCCUUGGAUCGUUAUUAUGUGUGCGGGCCCUUCAACAACAUCUCCUUCCUCCGCUGCAUCUUCUCACAGCCGGCAUUCGAGUCAGGAGACAUCAGCACCAAGUUUCUGGACAUCCAUUAUCCAAAUGGCUUCACAGAUGACAGGCUGACGCCUAGAGAAGAGGUGAGAGUAAGAAGAGAGGUGAGCACGCCUAUCCAUGUGCUCCUGGACUUCCACUACCCGCAUGGCUUCACAGAUGACAGGCUCACCCCCAAAGAGGAGGCGGAGCUGGUGGUGAGUUCGGAUGGGGUGGAGCAUGCUGUUGUGGUGCGGCAUUGGAGCAAUGAGAAGAAGCCGCACCUCUGUGUCGCCGCGGAGCUGGUGGUGAGUUCGAAUGAGGUGGAGUAUGUAUCCUGUAGUGUAGUGGUGCGGCACUGGAGCAACGAGAAAAAGCCGCACCUCUGUGUCGCUGACAUAGAGGUGGGGGGGGAGGUGAUUCGGGUGGAGGAGGCAGUGCCAGUGGGGCUGGGGCGAGGGGUGGUGGAUAUCCGGGUGGAUGGGGAGGACACCGUGUGCAUGGUCAUGGAGAAGCACGCCAGGGGCUUUAAGCUCGUAUAUGACGGCUGCACCAAGGACGAGGUGCUGGUGCAUCAGAAGAAGGUGGCUCCUCUACAGAAGUACAUGCCGCCCAAGAAGGUCCAAGAUGUCUCCAAGAUGGUCAAGGCUCCUAUGCCUGGAGCAGUGGUUGCAAUCGGUGUCAAGCCAAACAAAAAGUCGGAGGAGGAGGAGGAUGAGACUGCUGAGUUGACUAGUGAGAUGUUUGGAGGAGGGGGAAUUCGAAUAAGAGUAUCUGACAGCGAGUCCGAGGAGGAGGAGGAAGAAGUCGAAGAGGAAGAGUCGGAGGAGGAAGAAGACGAGGCCCCCAAGGCCGCCGGCGAUGCCGGGCGAGCGUCGAUCUACCUGCGACAGGGCGACAGCGACAGCGAGGACAGCGACGACGGUCGCGCGCGCGUCGUUAGGCCGGCCCGGGAGAAGCGGUACGACGAGAUGGUGUCGACGGUGGAGCAGAUUAAGAACCAGAUGAAGAUCAACGACUGGGUGGCUCUGCAGGAGAGCUUUGAGAAGCUGAACAAGCAGCUUGAGAAGGUGCUUCGCCUGAUCGAGUCCUCCGUGCCCCCGCGGCCGUACGUCAAGGGUGUGGUGCUGCUGGAAGAUCACCUGAACGCCGCCUUGACGAACAAAGAGGCGAAGAAGAAGAUGAGCAGCAGCAACGCCAAGGCUCUGAAUUACAUGAAGCAGAAACUGAAGAAGAAUAAUAAGUUGUAUGAGGCUGUUAUUGAGAAGUUCCGGGCGAGUCCGGAGUCUGAGGAGGAGGAGGAGGACGACGACGAGGAGGAAGAGGAGGAUGAGGAUGAGGAGGGGGAUGAGGAGGGGGUGGAGGAUCCGUUGGAUAGGAAGGGAGGGGAUGAGGAGGAGGAGGAGGAGGGAGGGGAGGGGUGGGAGACGCAGAAGAGCAAGAAGGAUCGGGCGAUGGAGAAGCAGUUUCAGAGGGACCAUAGCGAGAUUAAGUGGGAGGAGGUGAAUCAGAAGCUUAAGGAGAUUAUUGCGGCUAGGGGUCGUAAGGGGACGGAUAGGGUGGAGCAGGUGGAGCAGUUGACUUACCUGGCUAAAGUCGCAAAAACCCCUGCGCAGAAACUGGAGGUUAUGAUGCAGGUGGUUUCCGCGCAGUUUGACGUUUCACAGAACCUUCACCUGCAUCUGCCCGUCCCCGUUUGGAGGAAAUGCGCGGAGAACAUAAUGACGAUUCUCGACAUUCUCGAGGGGAACCACAACAUUGUCCUGGACGAGAACUACGAGGUGGUGGAGGACGAUAACGAGACGCAGAAAGGCGCGGAUUUCGAGGGGAAGAUCCGGGUGUGGGGAUCGGUGGUGUCGUUUGUAGAGCGUAUGGACGACGAGCUGUUUAAGAGCCUCCAGUGCACGGAUCCGUACACUAAGACGUACUUAGAGCGGCUUAAGGACGAGCCGACGCUGCUCGCGCUGGCGCAGAACGCGCAGGCGUACUCGCUGCGCGUGGGCGACACCAAGGGCGCGUCGCGCGCGGCUCGUCGCCUGUGCGAGCACAUCUAUUACAAGCCUCAGAACGUGUACGCAGCUCUGCGCCUGAUGUCGGAGCAGCAGCAGCAGGCAGCGGCGGCCGCCGCCGCCGCCGCCGAAACCCCCGCGGACGCCGCCGCCGCCGGAGGCGACGAGGACGCUUCCCCAGACGACGAGCCCGAAUCCGCCGCCGCGAAAGACGCCAAGCGCCGCGCCGCGAUCGCGGUGAACUCGUACGGGCCGCCCGCGUUCAUCCCGACGCCAGAGGCGGUUCCGCGGUGGCCGGUUUUCCCGGAGAGCGGGCGCGCGAUGAUGAAGGCGCUGCUGGCGGUGGUGUACGCGCACGGGGAGGAGCGCAGCAAGGCGCGCGCGAUGCUGUGCGACAUCUACCACCACGCGAUCAACGACGAGUACCACACGGCGCGCGACCUCAUGCUCAUCUCCCACCUCCAGGACGCGGUGCAGCAGAUGGACAUCAGCACGCAGAUCCUCUUCAACCGCGCCAUGGCCCAGCUGGGCCUCGCCGCCUUCCGCAGGGGGCUCAUCCCGGACGCCCACAGCUGCCUUGCCGACCUCUUCGCCGGCGGCCGCGUGAAAGAGCUCCUCGCGCAGGGCGUGUCCCAGUCGCGGUUCCACGAGAAGACCCCCGAGCAGGAGCGCGUGGAGAGGCGCAGGCAGAUGCCAUACCACAUGCAUGUGAAUCUGGAGCUGCUGGAGGCGGUGCAUCUGCUGUGCGCCAUGCUGCUGGAGGUGCCGUCGCUGGCGGCGCACUCCACGGAUGGGCGCAGGCGGGUGAUCUCGAAGAACUUCCGCCGGCUGUUGGAUAUAUACGAGCGCCAGACGUUCACCGGCCCUCCUGAGAACGUGAGGGACCACGUUAUGGCUGCCUCGCGAGCGCUCAUGUGUGGCGACUGGCUGCGGUCCGUGCAGCUGGCAGAGGCGCUGGACGUGUGGAAGCUGCUGCCAGUGGCGCAGAGAGAGUCCGUGCUGGGGAUGCUGCGAGGGAAGAUUCAGCAGGAGGCUCUCCGGACGUUCCUCUUUAACGCGUCGUCCACUUAUGCUUCCAUCAGCCUGGAUCAGCUGACGCAGAUGUUUGGGAUGACAGAGAAGGCGGUCACAGGAGUGGCGAGUCGCAUGAUGAUGAAUGAGGAGAUCAGUGCCAGCUGGGACCAGCCGUCCAAGUGCAUCGUGGUCAACGCAGUCAACCCCACUCGCCUGCAGCACCUCGCCCUGCAGUACGCCGAUAAGCUCUCGGUUCUCGUGGAGGGCAACGAGCGGGCCUUCUCAGAGAAGACAGGCGGCAUGACCAUCGAAGGCGCAGGGGGAGAGAGAGGCGGGGGCAGGCGGGGCAAGGACGGCGGUGGGGACUAUGGGGGUGGGCGCAGGGAUGAUUACGGUGGUGGGGGCGGGGAGAGGUACGGGAGAGGGGGAGGACGAGGCGGGUAUGGUGGCCGAGGGGGAGGGAGAGGAGGAUGGGGAGGCGGUGGGGGUGGUGGUGGUGGGGGCGGGAGAGGGGGGUAUAGAGGGGGCGAUGGGGGAGGAAGGGGAGGGCGUGGAGGAAGGGGGGGUUAUAGAGGAGGGGAUGGAGGAGGAAGGGGAGGAAGGGGUGGUGGUGGUGGUGGUGGUGGUGGUGACGCCAGUAGGUUUGUCAACCUUGGUCGGGCGGGAGGGUAUUAA